GCCGGUCCUUCGCGUUCACGGCGCGCCCCGCAACCCUCGAAACCCCAGCCCCGUCCUCUCACAAUGGAGGAGUACGGCGAAGUUAUGAAUCCUGAACUCCCUUCGCACUCCUGGAUUCUUGUCCCUCGAAGCCAAUUGGGCCCCCAAGAAAUACCACCGCACUCCGAGUUCUAUCAUGGACUUGUCCGCAACCUGCCCGCAGUAUAUACUGUACUCAAUGGCAAUCGAGAAUUCAUGACAAAGAUCCCUCGAGACUUAAAAGCUCCUUCAUCCCCCGAAACGCUCGACGGAGAACUUCACCAGACAGCUUGGGUCGACCUCGAAAUGCCUCAUCUUCUCUCAUGA